AUGCUGCAGCAAUGCAUAAUCAAGUCGCCGAACGGCGCUUUGGGAUUGAAUUUGAGUCGUGCACCUUGGGACCCGUAUCCAUGGGUCAGCGGAGUGCAGGCGGAGUCAAAUGCACAAUUGGCAGGUGUUUGCAUCGGUGACACCUUGCUGCAGCUAAAUGGCAUUGAUGUCUUGGGCAUGAGGAUCAGCGAGCUGGCCAACAAACUGCGGGAACAUUGGCUAACAGGCGCUGGGCAUGCAACCAUGAUGAUGUGGCGACAACAGACAAACUCUUUGGGUUCAACUGAGGACCCCAACGAGGCGGCGCACGCUGUGCAGCAUGGCAUUAAUCAACAGUCGCUGCAAAAGUUUGCAACCUGCCUGCAACAUAUUGCCCAAUUACUGGAGUGUCCUGUUUGUUGUGAUGUCAUCAAACCACCUGGCUGGCAGUGCUGCAACGGACACGUCCUUUGCAAUAAUUGCCGUAACCGCUCCGUAAAGUGUCCGGUUUGCAGGGUGCCAUUGGGACCUCGGGGACGCUGCCUGCUGUCGGAUAAAUUAUUUACGUUGCUAGCGGAAAAUUUCCCCUGCGAUGGAGUGAAAAUCAACAAGAAUGCGGAACAGGAAAACAGCAACAACCGGAAUAAUGUGAAAACCAACCAAAUGGCCAAAUGCACGAAUGAAUAUCAUAAUCAGCCGAAAAUGGCACUGGCCAAAUCAAGCUCUGGGAAAAAGUCGAGAAAAACAUCCAGUCAGAUGCAGGAGGAUACAGUGAUUUUGGUGGUGAAUGGUGCUGGCGAGGUGAGCUCAAAAGAGGAGCUGGGGCAGUGCGUUAAGCAGGUUCCGGGAAUGCCAAAGGGAAAUGAGCAAAGUGCGCAAAUACGAAAUAAUGUCAACGAUGCAGGCCUGCAACGUGGUGUGAUAAAAGCACAUCAGGCGGGGAAUAGUUCUAAGGAAAAGGAGGAGAAGGAGGAGCUGCUCCUUGAGAGCAACAAUAUGCUCGUUAAACCAAAGUUAAAGUUGAGUAAGAAAAGUUGGCAGAUUACAGGCCGAGAUCAAGACGAAUUGCGCUGUGAUGAAGUUGCGAACAUAAAUAAUGGCCAACAGAGCUUGCUGGGAUUGGAAUUGGGUUUGAGACUGAGGGGGCAGGUGUUGAUGCCAAGCGAAGGCCAACAGCAAUAUCAAAAUUAUCAUUGCCCGACUGGGAAAUCAUGCUGCAGCCAGGCGAAACUUUUCCAGCCAGCGAGCGACAACAAAUUGUCAACCGUCAAACGAGAGUCUGCCUCCGACUCCGCCACCGCCACCGCAAAUGACUCCACCGACAAGCAGUUGGGUGCAGUCCCCGAAAUUGCAUUUGUUGUAACAGCAGACAGUGCGGCGAGUUUAUCAGCGGGCAGCCACAAAGGGGAUCCCAAGGCGGAUGCGGAAACGUUGCUGAAUGGACCAUCAAUAAAAACGCCAUUGCACUCCCAACUCCCAAGCACUGUCGCCAAGCAAAUGGAGGUGCAUGUGGAACAACUGCUGGAGCAUUUGAGCAGGGAGCAUCGCCUGAAUGUUGUGCACUUUGACGGCACCUUUGGCCAGCGAUUGCAUGUUCACGUCCAGCUGAGGCCCCAGCAGACACAGGUCUGUCUACGUCUGAGUGAGCCAUCUUCUGGGUCCCUGGAAGUGCAAACAUUUUUCUUGGCCCUGCUGCCGAUCCAUGCUGGUCAGGUGGACCAGCAUGCCGUGUUCCUGUGGCACCUCGACUCGACGCAACAACACUACCAUACAGUCAUCGAAUCCCAAGGCAGUCGGGUCAAGUGGUUUGGCCAAACUCAGUCCCUCACCCGCAGCUGGCCGGAGAUCUGCGCCGCGGGCCAAUUUCUCACCUGGACGGAUGAGGAGCAACAUUCGUGCACGGGAUUCAAUAUCACUGUAAAGAGGAAAUAGUCUUAUCAUCUCAGUUAUAAAUAGUUAUAAUUCAAAUAUGCACUGAUAAUUAGCUGGUUUAUAGUGAAUACAUAACGAAUAAUUUAUGACUAAGUACACAAUAAACAUGUCCACAAUGCAUUCUUUUUAA